CUGCGCGUGCAAACGCGUUUCCCUGGGCGCGGGAGCAGCGGCGCCGCAGUUCCCUCGCGUCCGGCCGGCCUUCAGGUUGUGUCAGCCUGGAUCCCCUCGAUGCAUGACUCUGACCCGAGAAUGCGCUUCAAGGACACCUCAGAAGCACUCAGAAAGCCACCGCGAGGCUAUUUUUAGCGCCCUUCUUCCAGAAUGCCUCCCCAAUACCCGCUAGUUCCCUAGGGGCCUUAAGAAAAAAGCCUUUUGCGCCCAGAAAUGACAACCAUCUUCUAAUUUUAUGAUAUCCCACCCCACGCUGUUUAUCUCGUCUUUUGUCAGUUUUGGUUUUGGAAACGCGUUACUGCCGAAGCCUGAGGAAAGCGGCUGUAAAAUAUCGGGUUUAGCGAGGAGAAGCGGUUCGAGCGUGCGGUGCGACCUUUGCAACCGAAGGCAGCAACCCGAGAGCUCAGUACCAGAGGGGCACACGCCGGGCCCCAACCCGCGAAACGCUGGGCCCAGCGCGCACAGCCCCGCCCCGGCCCUUUGUGACGUAGGACAAUGCCUGCCACGCGUCGCAACUUGGCGGCUGGGGCAGCCACGGGCGCGAGUGACACGCCGCAGCCAGCGCGCUGUUCUUCAGGGAGAAAACAUGCAUUUCUUAUUCACGUUAGUCAUUUUCUUUUACCUGUGGAGCUUUCUUACUGCUCAGGGACAAAAGAAAGAAGAGAGUGCAGAGGAAGUGAAAAUAGAAGUUUUGCAUCGUCCAGAAAACUGCUCUAAGACAAGCAAGAAGGGAGACCUACUAAAUGCCCAUUACGAUGGCUACUUGGCUAAAGACGGCUCGAAAUUCUACUGCAGCCGGACACAAAAUGAAGGCCACCCCAAAUGGUUUGUUCUUGGUGUUGGACAAGUCAUAAAAGGCCUAGACAUUGCUAUGAUGAAUAUGUGCCCUGGAGAAAAGCGAAAAGUGAUUAUACCCCCUUCAUUUGCAUAUGGAAAGGAAGGCUAUGCAGAAGGGAAGAUUCCACCUGAUGCAACAUUGAUUUUUGAGAUUGAACUUUAUGCUGUGACCAAAGGACCACGGAGCGUUGAAACAUUCAAACAGAUAGACACGGACAAUGACAGGCAGCUCUCUAAAACAGAGAUAAGUCUGUACUUGAAAAGGGAAUUUGAAAAAGAUGAGAAGCCACGUGACAAGUCAUAUCAAGAGGCAGUCUUAGAAGAUAUUUUUAAGAAGAAUGACCACGAUGGUGAUGGCUUCAUUUCUCCCAAGGAAUACAAUGUAUACCAACAUGAUGAACUGUAGCAAUUUUUUAUUUCUACGGUUUUAUUUCUAUUUUUUUAGCUACUUACUAUAUAUAUAAAACAAAGUCAGGUUUUUUUCCAAAUUGCAUUUUCUGUUUUUCCCCCAGUGAGAAGAUAUUUUGAUUCCCUCAAUACAUGUAACUUUGAUAUAAUAAAUGUGAGGCUGUUUUGCAUAUUUAA